ACUAUUCCAAUUUCCAACAGAACCAAAGCUGAAUUGUAAAAUUGUUGUUGAGUGAGUGAGUAUCGCAAUAUCAAUAGCAACACAAUAGCAUGCACCUCUUUUUAUUUUAUUUUAUUUUAUUUAUUGAUUGAUUUUUAUCUAACAAACAACGCAAGCACUUUUCUCUCUCUCUCUCUCUCUCUCUCUCUACAAUUGGAAGUUUUCUCUCUCUAAAGCAAGGUCCUCCACUUCCAAUCUCCUUCUUUUACACAGAGAGAGAAAGAGAUUGUGUGUGAGACCAAUUUUCGGUUAAUGGAUUCGUUCUCUCUUCUAGAAUUUCAAGCAUCUUUUCUUGGUUACAACAAGUUUUGGGCUUUUGGUGGUAAUGUGGUGGCAUGAGUGAUUCCUUCUUGUUGCAUAGCUAUGGCUACGGAUUCCUCUUUUGAGGGCCUUGCACUUGAUCCUUCUAAGUGCAGUAAAUUGAGUAUGGAGGAAAAAAGAGAACUUGUAUAUGAAAUAUCUAAGUGGUCUCAUGGUGCAUCCGAGAUGCUUCAGUCAUGGAGCCGUCAAGAUAUUUUGCAAAUAUUGUGUGCAGAGAUGGGAAAAGAAAGAAAGUAUACUGGGCUGACAAAGUUGAAAAUUAUAGAAAACCUUCUAAAAAUUGUUUCUGAAAAGAAAUCAGGGGGUCAUGAAAUCACAACAGACCCUGAAUCACAAUCUUCUCCUGCUCAUAGUCAGAAGCCCGCCAAAAGGCAGAGAAAAAUUGAGAAUCCUUCUCGAGUACCUGUUCCUGCUAACGGUAUUUCAGUCAAUAAUGGUGGUGAUGUGGUUAAUACUACAUACUGCAAAAACUCAGCUUGCAAAGCUACCCUAAAUCAAGCAGAUGCAUUUUGCAAAAGAUGUUCUUGCUGCAUUUGUCAUCAAUAUGACGACAACAAAGACCCUAGCCUGUGGUUAAUAUGUAGUUCUGAAACUCCAUUUCCUGGUGUUUCUUGUGGUUUGUCAUGCCACCUUGAGUGUGCUUUAAAACAUGACGGUUCUGGAAUUGGCAAAGAUGGUGAGCGUCUCAAGCUUGAUGGAGGCUUCUACUGUGUCUCUUGUGGGAAAGUAAAUGAUUUACUCGGAUGCUGGAAAAAACAACUGAUGGUUGCAAAGGAUACUAGACGCGUAGAUAUACUCUGUUAUCGUGUGUCCUUAAGCCAAAGACUUUUACAAGGGACUGAAACAUAUCAAGAGCUUUAUAAAAUUGUUGAUGAAGCAGUGAAUAAACUUGAACCUGAAGUGGGUCCACUGACUGGCUCACCAGUGAAGAUUGGUAGGGGGAUUGUGAACAGGCUUUCCUCGGGUCCUGAGGUUCAGAAACUCUGUGGUUUUGCUCUGGAAUCACUUGAUUCACUGCUUUUGAAAAGGGUCUUGCCUUUGUCACCCAAUCCACCAAUUCAAGAUGCACAUUUGCUGGCUCCAAAUAUGGUGAGGUUUGAAGAAGUCACUGCCACAUCCCUCACUGUCAUUUUGGGUUCUGAAGAUCCCUCAGAAGAAAAUAUUGCUGGUUACACCUUGUGGCAUCGCAAAGGUGAUGAUGUGGACUAUCCCGUGGACCCAACUUGCACUUCACUCCUACCAAAUAGAAGGUUCAGUAUCAGGGGUCUAAAUCCUGGUACAGAAUACAGUUUCAAAGUUGUUUCCAAUGAUUCGAGGGAAUUGGGUAUGCGUGAAGUUCAAAUCACGACGGAGCACGGUGAGGAUGAAGUCCCUAAUUGCUCAGCUACAGAAAGAAGUCAGAGCCCAGUAACCAACUGCAGCAGCCUUUCCAAUCCGUCAUCAGUGGAAGAUGAAACUAAUAACUGUAAUCCAUAUAGUGACCAGACUGAUAACCGGGCUGACAAUUAUCGUUCUUAUCACAAGGAUAGCAACCAGCUUGCUUCUGGAAAUUUAUCUAACGAUGCUAUUAACUGUUCCAAUAUAGGUGGAGGGGUACUUCCCACUGAUGCAGAUUCCUUGUCAGACAAGCAGCAUGCUGGAGGAAUGACUGGCUCCAUUCCUAGUUCUGACAUGCUAAAGCUAGAAAACAAGCAUUCUUCAGAGGAACAAGUCACCGAGGACAUGAGCACUGAUGAUGGCUUGAAUUCCCCUGUUCUACCGGCGAGGGAAUGUGUGCCAUUACUAUGUAGCUCAGAAGGAGCCUUGCCCAAUACUCCAUGCAAGUUGGAAAUACUUAAGGAUGGGCCAGGAAGAAAUGGUAGAUCUAAAUCCAGUGGCAAAGAUCAAGAAAAUGGACCAGGGAAAAGGGAGGGGCCCCAAGAUGGGAGUACGUCAAAGAAGAGAAGUGGAGAAAGGCAAGAUGAGGGCCAGGGCUGCGCAGCAAACGGAUUUUCGGACCGUGAUUUCGAGUAUUAUGUGAAGGUGAUUAGAUGGUUAGAGUGUGAAGGACAUAUAGAAAAGAACUUCAGGCAGAAAUUUCUGACUUGGUACAGCUUAAGAGCAACCCCUCAAGAAGUAAGGAUUGUGAAAAUAUACAUUGAUACAUUUCUUGAAGAUCCAGCUUCUCUUGCAGAGCAACUUGUGGACACCUUCUCAGAAUGUAUUUCCAGCAAAAGAACAUCAGUGGUGCCAGCGGGGUUCUGCAUGAAGCUUUGGCAUUGACCAGAUUUUGUAGGUCCAGCUACUAGCCUGAAAGCCUGAAGCUUCAAGCCCGUCCAUGCAGUAAUUCUUUAGAUUUCUAAUAUUCUUCAUUUAGACAGUUAAAAAAUAUAUUUAAUUCAGCAUUAUCAUUCAUUUGAUGAUGUAAGAAUUUUAGAUUUACUUUUAUUAUACAUUACUAUUUCAAAUUGAUAUUUUUUUGUUUUUCAAUUUGGAACUCUCUCCUCACUAUAUUGUCAUUACACUUUUUGGUAGGUAACAUUGAGGGGAUUUAUGUUAAAUUUUAGUUUUGGCCAAAGGAGACAAUAAUAGCGUUAAUAUGUUUUGUUCAGCUUGUUCUUGAGCACGGAAGAGUUUUUUUUUUU